AUGACUGUCGAUAUCCUCUCGUGGCUGCGCCAGGUCGACAAUACUGCGUACCCUCACGAGCUCGACCCAGCGAAACCACCAAAAGCGACACGAUCGACUCGCAAGCGGCAGCGCAGCUACAGCUCGACCAGUUCCGAUCAUAUACCAGUCUCUAAGCCUACUACGAAGGAGUUUACACACCCGACACCACCUCCAGACUCUCCGACAAUCCCCAAGGCUGCUGCUGAUAUGGCACCAACAAAGAAACGAAAGACUACCAAAGGCGCAGUGCCAAGUCCAAGCCCAAACGAUGCACAAUUCGACGAUGAAGGCGAACAAGAAAAGACUCCCAGACCUUUACGCAGUGUCCAUCUACCCAGUGACACAUCAUCAAUGUCCUCAGCGAGUGGUCGGUCUGGUGCUUCAUCGCCUCGAAAGCAAUUAGCAGCCAUGGCUCUAUCCUCCCACGGCGUCGAAACGCGCGCGAUGUCCGAUCCAUCCGGCCUUCCACCAAGUCUAGCAGAAAUGCGAACGAAGUUAUUACAAUUCAGUCGAGGACGGGGGAUCCUGGGAGGGAAUGGGCUGGAGAGUAUACAGGACGAGACAGCUGCGAGGGCUUUACAUCCGGACAUGGCUGCUAUGUACGAGGAUAAAGAAUUUUGCUGCUCUGCGCGUCGAGAUGAAUUGGGGAUUACUCCGACUCCGGAGGAUGUGGUGUACAUUCUUGAGUGCGCCGGUGAUUGUCUUCGCAUGGGGAGGUCUGAAGCAGCGUGGAAUCAUGAGGUUCACUUCCCUUUGCUGUGCUUGGCGCUUCGUAAUCGAUCAAAGGGUGCAUUCCAACGGCUUGUCAACGUGACAUGCUGUGGCAGUUCAUCUGCUUCGAUCGUCCCCGACUACCGCAUCCGUUUCGCGCCCGAUAAAAGGAUCGACUUUUGCGUCUACCUCGAUCCCCACCACGAUCCCGCCGAUACAAACAUCUCCAGCACCGUCGACAUCGUUCGUGCAUGUCUUCCCGGCUUGUCAAUAAACCCGACCGAUGACUUGUCACUAUUAAGCAAUCCAAUCGCGGUUCCCAUCGAGACUAAGCGUCCCGGUGAGGGCUUGGACACUGCCAACCUCCAAGUUGCGACGUUUUUAACAGCGCAUUUGACUCUUCUACAACGACUCGUUGACGCUGGUGCUUCUGUGCCUGUUGACGAUGGGGAGAAGGCUCCAUCGGUGGAUGAUCUGGGCUUUCUGCCUGGACUGAUCGUGCAGGGAAAUACGUGGAACUUUAUCGCAGCGAGUCGUCAAGACUCUCGAACCGUAAUAUGGUCAGAGGCCUCACUCGGUUCGACGGGCGAUAUGUUCGGUAUCUACCAAAUCGUCGCAUCAUUACAAUUACUGCGACGAUGGAUUGAUACUACUUACUGGCCGUGGCUACGACGCGUCACGAAAAGAGCUGCUACAGCUGUUCAAUUACGCGAUGACCCAGCUGGAUGA